AUGCCGAAGGAAAAACAGUUGCCGGAACAGCAGGACAGUUUUGUGAGUCGGACUCUUGCAAAACGGAUUCUCGUUGAAGCCCUUUGGCAGGUUGUCGGCGGUGUCGGCCAUGGCGGCGUCCUGGUGCGCACAGGUCCCGCACUCUCGGACGAGCUUUGUGAUGUUCGGCUCGCCACCGGUGCCAUGGUCAAGGAGAUUGACGCAAUGGAUGGACGCCUACAUUAUGAGCUUGUCAGUGGUGAUGGUCCUGCCAUGGGCUGGGUUUCCAUGAAGCUUCGCGGCAAGGACCUCCUGGUGAAGGCCGACGAGGUUGAACCGAGCCGCGCACAACGUCGGGGCCGAUUCUCCGAGUGGGCAUCGCAGACACAGAAGACAGAGGUGGUUGAGGAGGUCUCAACUGGCAGCGAGGUAGAGAUGCCAGCUCUGGAAACCAGUGAGUCUGGGGACAGCACUCCGAUCAUGGCAGCCCAGGCUGAAAAGGAGCCCACCGAGGAUGAGCGUGAAGCUUUCCGUCAGUACACCGAAAAGUUUGGCGAAUGCCGGGAUGGCUCCAACCCAGGCUACAGUCGAAAGGCCUUCCCGUGGUUCACAGGAAAGCCCCCUCAGGGUGAGAAGGUGUCAGCAGAGUCGCUGCAAGCAGCAUUGAGCUACCGACCGACCAAGAAGCGCCUCACGAAAGUCAACCUGAUUGAGGUGGAUUCGGAUCAUGAGGAGAUCCCGCUCUGCACCCGCUGCUCUAUGCCUGUGGGCGAGUUCGCUUACCAGGGUCGUGAGGGCAAGGAGACUUGCGUCCACACGGAAUGUAUGGCACAGGUCCUCAUGAAGGAAGCCCAGCGGGAAGAUGAGCAUCGGACGACAAGGGAGAACAACAAGAAGCUCAAGAACCGCAAGGAGUAUAACAUCGGCUGGCGCAUGGACAGCGUUCCAACCAACGUUGCACUUGCAGAGCGCAUGGGCUGCCGACCGGGACCACAGGGGCUCUGCUGCCUCGUCUUGGAUGAUGGUUCGAAAACCGUCCGUGUCGCUGCUACUCUUGAGCCAUCCGCAUCUGUCAACUUGGAGUACCUCCUGCUUGCCCUCAAGGUGCGGAAGUCCGCUUCUCGUGAACCUCUCUUCUCGUUGGAUCCCAUCGACCCUAAGAACUUGGAGAACUCGCCACAAAAGAAGGUCUUUGAGCCAUCCUGGUUGGCGGGCACCAGCGCUGGGGAUGUCAUGUUCCAGGCGGACUACUUCCUGAAGGAGCUUGCGCUGGGCGAGUAUUCCAUGCCUGUGCUCGGCAUGCUCAGUGUCUUCGACUGGUCCGAGAUGGGCGACAAGGAGAAGACCUGGUCAGGCCGCGAGUGGUUUGUGGUGAAGAAGGCGGAGGUCCGCAUGGCUGAAGAUCAUACGCUCAUCCCGCACGUGCGAAUGGGUGUGGAGGCUCGCGAGCAAAUUGUUACAGCCAAGGGCUUGGAGGACGCACCUGUGACGGUGCCCACCCACCCGCUCAAGAAGUUUGCAGAGGCCUUCACCCGCAACUUCGAUCUGAUUGCUGAGCGCAAGAGCGUCAUCUUCCACCUGCGGGAGUUGGCAAAGGCAUCUGUGAUGGCCAAGUACCUCGUGGAUUCCAAGGCUAAGAUCGAUCCCUCCUGGUACCGUCUCGCUGACGAGAUCGUGAAGGGUGCUCCGCCUGAGCCGCACAUGGAGAUUCCGCAGCUCUGGAACAUGCGUGGCAACUCUCGCAUCAAGCUUAAGAAUGGACGCCUCAUUGACAUGGUCACAGGUGGCCAGAGCAAGCUCCAGGCCAUUUAUGGCGGUGUGGAGUUCGGCCUGGACCGGUUUGAGCUGGCGCAGCGACACGCUCUGCAGGGCCAGCCGACUGGAAUGCAGCUUGGUCAGUCAGGACGGCCCAUGUUCAUGCCCCAGCGCUUCCAGCUGGGCCAGCGUGAGAUGCCGCAAGGUGUGGACCUCAACUUGGACAAGUUCUCCCUCUCGACCGAGGAGCGCUUCCGGGGUCGUCUGCCGCCAUGCAGCGGUGAUGCCGGUUCUUUGGAAGCCCGCACAACACUGGGCAAGGCCUUCUUGAGCAGCCUGCGCCAGAAGUCAUGGCCUGGCAUGAAGAUGGACGACCAGAAGCUGCUCCUGAGCAUCUUUGACGUCCCUCAGUGCGAUCGCACUGAGGAGGGCGAUGCCUUUACUCCGCCAGAUCCGAAUCUCGAGUACAUCGUCAAGGUCAAAAGCCUGGUGGGUGAGGAGCGUGGCAUCCGCGAUCGGCGCAGGGUCCGUUUCGCCGACAAGAACUUUGUCAUGGCGAACCCCGGAUCAGAGUUCCCAAGAUCUUGGACUUCCCGCUUCCAGGUGGAGCUUGAAGGGCGCAUCUCAUACACUGCCCCGACAAAGUUUGGCUUGGUCAAGUUGGACGUUGAUGAGAACUUCAAGCGAAGCAUGCUCGAGGACGUGAUUCCCAAAGCGGUGCCUGAGUUUCAUGAGGUCACCGAGGAUGGAGUCGCCUUCCGCAUCUACAAGCUGGGAAGCUUGGAGGUUCGAACCAUUCAGGAAGUCGAUGAGCCUGAGUUUGUCCAUGUGGUGUUCUCCUCUCGAGCGGUCUCCUGGGAGACCAAGGGGUCCAAGCCACAGGAUGUGCUGGGCAAGGAGAAGCUUAGCAGAUGCCGAGUCUACGUCGAGGCUAUGGAGCAUGAGGCCUGCAAUAACUACUACGUGGUGCUGGAGACCCACGAGAAGAGCGUCAUUGUCACUGAGCGCAUGUCCGACGGAUCCCUGUGCUGGCUUCAGAACCCGCACAAUUUGGAGGAUCGCAAUUCCCUCGCAAAGCUGCUUUUCACGGCAGACUGCAAGGAUGGCCUGCGUAUGGGUGACGUCAAGCAGCAUUUUGAGGCUCAGCCACACGACGUUGAUGGCGAGCAUCGCAAACGGUAUGCCAAGGCAUUGUACGUUUACGCGACUGGCCGAAGCUUGAAGGGCAAGUGGGGAGGCAGCGCGCGCCGAUACACGGCACCACCCAUGAGGGGUCUUGGUGUCCAGGCUUUGGGCCGCAGCUCAGAGUUCAUGAACGUGAUGUGGCUAGCCAGAAACUCCGGGCUCCGUGGCCUUUGA